AAGGGCCGAUGUAGCACUGUUUUAUUAUUUUCAUGUACAUAACGUGUGCACCCAGGUGAUCUAUAUAAAUAAAAGGCCAUUCUUCGCCCCCCACCUUCCUUCCUCCCACCCCUAGGGGGUGACACCAUGGAUGACUCCGAUGUAGAGUCAACGGCCAGCAUCCUGGCCUCAGUCAAGGAGCAGGAGAUCCAGUUCGAGAGGUUAACCCGAGCGCUCGAGGAUGAGAGACGCGGAGUCUCCUUGCAACUGCAGCGAGUGAAGCUGGGGCCUGACGGGAUCGCUCCUACCGUCGCCAAUGGCAACGGUACCCUCAGCUGGCGGUGGCAGGUAAUCCUCGUUUGUAUCCCUGGGUCAAUCCGGCACGCCAUCCCAUCUUGCCCGCUGCUCCAGCGGGGCUGUCCCGUGCGAUGUCGGAUUUUAAUGGUAGCCCAAUUGGGACGUAUUCGAUGCACGUCCAACCUCCUGUUCAGGCGCCUUUUACCCCUAAUAUCCUGGCAGAGCAUUGGCAUUAGGGCCCAGGGUAAAGUUUCUCUGUUCUCUCUCUACAACCCCACCACCACCCGGGCACCUCAAUCUCUCCAGGACCACCAGCCCCCACACAGCUCUGCCACGAUGAUGCAGGACCCAUACUUUGAGGAGACAGUGACGGUGGAGGAAGACCCUGAACACGCUCCGUCGGUCGUCUCCGUGGAAACAGACGAGGACGGUACCACCCGUCGGACGGAGACCACGGGGUGGGGCCUGGUGGAGAGGGGGCGUGGCCUGUCAGGAUGGGGGCGGGGCCUCCUGAUGCUGGUGCUGACCUUGCGUCCUCUCUGCCUUGACCCCCGCGCCCCCAAAAGCCGGAGCUUUGACGACCCGUUGGCUGACGACAUGCGCUCCGAGCACGACGCCUACUACUGGGCACCGCUGGCCCAGCAGGAGCGGGCGGGCAGCAUGGCCAGCCUCCACAGCGGCCGGAAGGAGCCCAUGGCCUGGCGCCAACCGGAGCUGCCCGAGGUCAUCGCCAUGCUCAACUACAAGCUGGACGCGGUCAAGGCCAACGCCGCGGCCUACCUGCAGCACCUGUCUUACCGCAACGACAAGCUGAAGACCGAGGUGCGGCGCCUGAAGGGGAUCCCCGUUCUCGUCGAGAUGUUGGACCACCCCAAGAAGGAGGUCCACCACGCGGCCUGCGGGGCCCUCAAGAACAUCGCCUACGGCCGAGACGCUGACAACAAGAAGGCCAUCAAGAACUGCGACGGGGUCCCCUCCCUGGUCCGUCUCCUGCGGAAGGCCCGAGACAUGGACCUCAACGAGGUCAUCACAGGAACCCUGUGGAAUCUCUCCUCCCAUGACGCGGUGAAGAUGGAGAUAGUUGACCAUGCCGUCCCUGCCCUGUGUGAUGAGGUCAUUAUUCCACAUUCCGGCUGGGAUCAGGAGCCCAAUGAGGACUCCAAACCCCGGCAUGUGGAGUGGCAUGGAGUGCUCACCAACACCGCUGGCUGUCUCAGGAACGUCAGCUCAGAGAAGAAGGAAGCUCGUCAGAAACUGCGGGAAUGCAGUGGAUUGGUCGAUUCCUUGAUGCACAUCGUCCAAUCCGAGAUCGACCAGAAGGACGUUGACAGCAAGGUCAGAGAUCACGGGAGUGAAGGGCCUCUGAUCGAGGGGCGGCCGCAAUGGCAGGGCACGGCCGCUGAGGUUUCAGCGCGCCGCGGGGUCGGCAGAGGGUCCCACAUGGAGACGGGCGCAGAGAUUGUCCCCUCCUCCCUUCCCCCGACAGGUUACGAGCUGCUCUAUCAGCCUGAGGUCGUCCGUCUGUACCUCUCGCUAAUGAAGGAGUCGAAGAACCCUGCGGUCCUUGAAGCAGUGGCUGGAGCUCUGCAGAAUCUCUGCGCUGGCCGUUGGACGUAUGGCCGCUACAUCCGACUGACGGUGCGGCAGGAGAAAGGCCUGUCCUGUAUCGCCGAGCGCCUCACGCACGAGAAUGACCGCGUGGUCAAGGCAGUGUCCGGAGCGCUUCGUAACCUGUCUCUUGACGCCCGGAACAAGGAACUGAUUGGGAAACAUGCGAUGCCCAAUCUAAUUUUCAAUUUGCCAUCGAGCCAGCAGUCCACUCCUGCUCGGAAUGACGACACCGUUGUGUCGAUACUCCAGACCAUCAACGAGGUGGUCAUUGGCAACGUGGACGCAGCCAAGAAACUCCGGGAGCUGCAGGGCGUUGAGAAGCUGGUGUUGAUGAACAAGUCGAGCAGCCGCUCCGAGAGGGAGAUCAAGGCCGUGGGGACCGUGCUACAGACACUGUGGGGGUACAAGGAGCUCCGCAAACAACUGGAAAAGGACGGCUGGAAAAAGGCUGACUUCCAGGUCACCAGCACCAACCGUGGAGUGUCGGGAAACGCCUACGACGACAGCACACUGCCCCUGAUCGAGAAAGACCAGCGAGGAG